AUGAAUAAAAUACCAAUCAAUUAACCCACUAAAGAUGACUCAAUCAAAUAUCUCUAAAUCAUUAGAGAGAAAGAAGAAUCUAUUUAAGCACUUCAUACUAUUAAUGAUUAAUUACGUUAAGAUAUACUUCAACUUUAAACACAAAUUGCAGAAUCUAAUAAUACUAAAAAUUCCAAAUACUAAAAAAUAGAAGAAUCAAAUCAACAAUUAAAAUUUAUGUUAGCAGAUACACAAAAUCUUGUAUUGCAAUAUCAAAAUGAUAUUGAUAUUUAUCAUUAAAUUGUAGAAUAAAUUAUCAAAUAUACUCAACUCUAUAGAUUCAAUUAAAAAACAACAAUCCCAGAAAUUAUAAACUUUUUAAGUCAAGAAAUCUUUUCUCAAGAAAUUAUCAAUCUUUGGAAUGAAUUAAAACCUAUUCUCUAGUUAUUUAUCAAUUAAAUUUAAGGAAAUGUCUCCUCUCCUUAAUUAAAACAAUUGUUUACAAAAUACUAUAAAAAUUAUGAAAAUCAAUACCAUCCACUUUCUACUAUGACAAUAUUAGAAGAAAUUAUCCAUAUGUUAAAUUAGAAAGUAUCUCAAUAAAUUGAAACAUAAGUUAUGAAUUAUUCUAAUCAAUUUACACAUUAAAUAAAUAAGAUCAAUCUUUUUCAAACCUCAAUCCUUCUUAUUAAUUUUGAAGAAGAUUAAAUCAAAAAAAAAAUGAAAGCAUAAUAAAAGGAAAUUAGUCAAUUAAAAGAAGAAUUAGAAUCUUAGUCUAAAAUUAAUAAAAAUUUAGAAGAAUAAAUUUAAAAUUUAACCAUGAAAAGUUCAGAAAGAAAACCUUUUGUAGAAUUGCUAAGUAUUAAAGAUGCAAGUUCUGAUUCAGAAGAAGAUGAUGCUGAAAUUUAAAAAUUAAAUAUUGAAUUAGAAUAAAAAGAUACACUUAUAUAAAAAUUGAAAUAAACUAUUUCAAAUUAAGAAGUAAUGUUAGAAAGAAUUAAAAUUGAAAAUUAAUAUUGGGAUUUAAUUAUUAAUUGUGAUGAAGAUAGUCUAUUCCCUUUAAUUAAUUAAGGUUGGACACUAAAUUUCAAACAAGAUUAUGGCCUAUCCAAUUAUCAAAUUUUUUAUUCUUUUCUUGGUUUUGAUAGUUCAUAUUUAUAAUUCAUAUUGGAGAACUUAUUUAUUAAUGAUUUUCAUUUCUAAAAAUUAUCAGAUCAAACAUAUUUAUAAUUAGCAAAUAAUUAACUUGUUUAUCUAAAAUCAAUAUUUUAUAAUGAAUAUAAUACUCUUGUGUAAACAAAGGUAUUAAGACCAUUAUUAAAUAAUUUUUAUGAAACAAAUGAAGUGUUAGAAGGACAAUAAAUGUUAAAUGAAUUUUGGAUUUAAUUUUCACUAUUUAAUGGAAUAUUGAUCUUAUGUUUAAAAAAUUGUAAUCAAUAAAAUCUAACUUUGUUGUAGUUAGCAAUAAAUAUUUAAAAUUAAAUAGAGAAAACGUCAGCCUUAAUUGUAAUAUUUGAAGAAGAAUAUACUGAAUAGGAUUUUGUCAUGUAAAUAAUUUAAGAAAACGAAUUUAUGGAACCUGAUGAUGAAAUUGAUGAUUAAAUUUAAAAAAUUCGUUAUGCUAUGACAAGUGGAGAAAAUUUUGAUUUUACUAGUGUAAAUAAGAUAAUUUCAAAAUAAAAGGUAGACUAUAUAUAAUAAUUGAAUCAUUUUAUUAAAAAUAAUUUAGAGAUCUAUUUUAAAAAGUCAGAAUAAUCUAAGUUAGAAUUCAAUUAGUCAUUGUUGUCAGAAAAUGUAUAUGAAAUAAAAUUGGUACAAAGUUAGGAAUCAGAUUAAAUUAAACUAUAGAGUUAUAGUUAAAUAUAAGUAAUACAAAAUGAUGAAAUAAUGGUUCAUAAAAUUUCAGAGAGUUAAUAUGAUAUAUUUUUUUCUGAAAAAUUGUAGGAAGUGAGGUUAAAAAAUUAUUAAUUAAAUAAAAAAGGUUUGAUAAUAAAAUUAAAAUGUACUUUUGACAAUGAUAAUAUGACAACUAAGUAGUAUAUAUUAAAAUGCACUUAUAUAAAAGAAGAUUAAGGAGAGAUAUCGCACACAAUCUUUGAUAAUAAACUGAUUUUGUAAUUAUGA